GGCCAUGUGCGUGGGGAAGUGCAGCCGGAUCGUGGGGCCCUGCCUGCUGGUGCUGGGCACGCUCUCCAUGGCAGCCAGCAUCCUCCUGCUGUUCCCCGGCGGAGCAUCCGAGCCCCUGCGGCGGGGACACAUCGGCCGCCACGCCCGCGCCCUGCCGGGGCUCUGGGGCGGCGGCGUCGCCGUGCUGCUGGCAGCGACACACAUCACGGCGCUGGGCUGGCAGCGCUUCGGCUGCUCCGGCCGCCACAGCGCCUUCCUGUCCGUGGUGCUCUCCAAGCUGGCGCUGCUGGGCGCCGCCGCCUGCUUCGUGCUCUGCGGGGUGGGGCUGAGCACCGGCCCCCUCUGCCGCUACAACAGCACCGGGCUGGGCCCCGGGCACGCCGCCCUCUGGGGAUACCCCUUCGUGGAUGCCACUGACCCGGCGCCUGAUGCCAGGGCUGAGAACUACCUGUACAACCGGAGCACCUGGAGCACCUGCCUGGAGCCCGAGGGCAUCGUCACCUGGCACGUGGGGCUGUUCUCGCUCCUGCUGCUCAUCAGCGCCGCCGAGAUGGUGCUGGCCCUGCUCCAGAUCCUCAACGGCUGCCUCGGCUGCCUCUGCGGCUCCUGUGACGGCAAGUAGGGCCGGUGGCGGUGCCAGGAGGAGGUGCCACCUCGGGUGUCACUCGGCUGCUGGCACACGCCGCACAGAGGGCGCAGCAGGAGCUGUGACACCAGCCCGGUGCAAGAGCCCCGUGUGAGACUGACAGAGCCCCCGAGGGGGAUGGACACCCAGGGGAUGGAGCAGCUCGUGGGGCUGGUGAGCCAAGGGUGCUCCUGUGCACAUCCCCUGGCCUGGGCCAUGUCCCUUCCCUUGGGGCUGGUUUGAGGUUGGGGACUGGGAUGGAGGUGGGGACCUGGCUUCCAGCAGCUGCCUCAGCCCCGCCUCGUGAUACUGAAAGGAGAAGGACUGAAAGGCACAGAGCCUUGAGAUAAGAUCCUCAGGAGGCAGAGAAUCAAUUACCUGACCCAGUUUGGAGCAUUAGAAAGCAGGCACUCCUUAUCCCAGAGCUGGACACACGCAGGGUAUCUCCUCUAACCAAACGUGUGCUGUGCAGCCUCACAGCAGGGUUUGUUCCACCAUGAUCACACAGGUUCACUACAAGGGGCUUCCUAGAGAACACAUAAACAGCUCUUGGCCUAGAACCAGCUUGCAUGCCUCCAUCCCUUCCUGGAAGGGAUUUUUGAUCCUACAGGGGUGUCUGCUGGUUGUACUCACUGGGUGCCCCAAUGCUGUGACCUUGCCUUGAACCUUUCUCAGGGCAUGAGCUGCCGUGUCUUGUUACAUAAUUUUGCCCCAAAAGUCACCAUGUUCCUCACUGCCUGUUUCCCCAGUGGUUCCAGCUGUGUUUAGCAUCCUGUCUGCCUACUUUUACACCCCUUUCUCUCACUAGUUAGUCUUUCAGUUCUACUUUGCAGCUUCAGCGGAACUGAAAAUUUCUAUUCUCCAUGUUGCCUGUAAUUUGCCAGCCUCCACUCACCCUGGUGGGAAAUGAGACCUGGUGGUGUCACAGACUGAAGAGCUGGACACUCUUGUUAAUCAGUUUUGUUAAUCAGCUCAUAUUUAGGGCAGUUGAGCUGGUGUUUGUCACCUGCACAGGGCAGGACAGGUGAAGGAGCCCCGAGGAACCGAGCUGGGGCGCUCAGAUGGAGCUGUGCUGGGGGAGGCAGAGCAGGAAUUGAGGUGUAACCCCCAAAGUUCACCCACACACAAGUGUCAGGAGCAGCUGCUGCUCAUUUCCUGCAGCAGGACCCCACUCCUGUGCUCAGCCCCCUCCCCAUAACCUUACAGGACCCAGCGUGGGCCUGGGCCUGAUGGGCUGGGAGGGGGUUUGUCCCCAGACUGACAAGGGUCAGAGGAAAGCAGUGAUGACCAUGGCACAUUAAAAAAACAAAUCCCAGAGCAAACAAAACAGUAACUGGGCCCUUGGGGUGGCUGAACCCCAGCUGGCAUCUGAGAACCACCCAGCCACUCACCCCCAUGCUGUGGGAAGGGGAGAGAAUCAGAGGGGUAAGAGUGAGACAUCUCCUGGGUUGACAUAAAAACACUUUAAUAAUUGAAAUAAUAAUAAUAAAUUGUAAUGAAAAUGAAAAUAACAAAGAGAGAGAACUAAAAGCCCAGACAGACAAGUAAUGCAAUACAAACAUUUCUUUAUCAUCAGCCCAAAUAUAUAACCCAGUCCCAUCCCAGCUACCAUGAAGGAACAGAGCUUUACCCCAGCCCAAACCCUCAGAGUGACAUUGAGAAAAAGCCUUUUCAUGAAAAAGAAAGAAUUUAACAUUACAUACCAUAUUUAUAUAGCAUAACUAUUUAUAACAAGGGGAGGAAAGCCCUUGGAGCAGGGUGGUGGUACCACCUAUCCCACAUCCCCUGAGCCAGCACACAGGGGUGGCACAGGGUACCCCUGGCUGCCUCCCCCCUGCUCUGCUGCUGUUGCCCCCCAGUAUCUGUUUCCAGGGGUGGCUCCUGCUUGGAGAGGAGCCUGAGGCUGGGCUGGGGGCAAAAGCCUCCCCACCCGAAAUAGAAUUUUAAAAAAAAGCAAUAAAAAUGAGCCAAACCCCAGUGUGGGGACAGUAACA